AUGUCAAAUGCAGCUUUGCCUGAGGUGUGUGGAAAUGCGCAUUGUCUCCCCAACCCAUCGGCACUAGUGGCAGUGUGGCGCAGCGGCGGGUGUGUCAAGAGUAUAUUUUGUACUGACGCGAUCCAGGUUGGGGUCCCGCAGGUGUACGAGAAGCAGGUGUGUCAGAUCCACGGCAACAUUGUGCGCAUGGACUCGGGCGUGCAGAAACUGAUCGAGGCGCAGGCCAGCGUCGAUCUGCUGCGCAUCGAGUUGGCGGGAAAAGAGGUGGAGCUGCAGGUGGCGUCGGGCGCGGCCGAGCGUGUCUUGGUGAAUGUGAUGCAGCAGACGCAGGCGGCGGCCAAAGUGAAAAACCGCGUGGAAGAGGUGAAGAAUCGGUGCCAGACGUUUGUGUCGCAGUUGAAUCAGGACAAGGCGCAAGCGCAGAAGCAGUUGGAGGCGGCAAAACCGGCUCUGCAAGAGGCCGAGGACGCGCUGAACACCAUCCGACCCGUCGACAUCGCCACGGUCCGCAAGCUCAGCAAGCCGCCAUUCCUCAUCAUGCGCAUCAUGGACUGCGUCCUGCUGCUCUUCUACCGCGCCAUUGACCCCGUCCGGCGCCAUGCCGACAGACCCACCUUCCAGCCGUCCUGGUCCGAGUCGCUCAAGUUCAUGGCGCAGCCCGGCUUCCUCAGCAGCCUCCUCAACUACCCGCGCUACAUGCUCAACGAAGAGAUCGCCGACCUCUGCGAGCCCUACAUGGACACGGCCGAGUACACGCUGGCCAUGGCCAAGAAGGUGUGCGGCAACGUGGCCGGUCUGCUCGCUUGGACGCUGGCCAUGAUCAAGUUCUACUGGGUCAACCGGGUCGUGAUUCCGCUUCAGGACAACCUGGCCGCGCAAGAGCAGAAGUUGCACAAGGCGCUCUCCGACUUGGGCGCCGCCGAGGAGAUGCUGGCCGAGAAGAAGGCCAUCCUCGACAAUGCUCAGGCCAGUCUCACCCAAUUGCCGUUUGUGUUGGCACUCUAUUCACUACACUACACUACACUACACUACACUACACUACACUACAAUCUGCUCUACUCUUCUCUACUCUACACUACUCUAAUCCACUUUACUCGGCUGACACACUCUAGCAUACACUAUACGCUGACAGAUUACACUCUUCUUUACUCUAUUCCACUGCAUGCGUCGAGCAAAUUGCUCGCUUUCGGUUUCUGGUAA